CAUGAGCAUGCAGCAGUGAAGUCAUUGUUUGAGCUAUUAAACACACGGUUGAACAGGCAGUUUAGGUUUGUGGUUUCUUUCUGCAGCGGGGUGGUGGCCAGACUGCUCCUCAGCAGGCAGCACACAGUUUCAUCUCAGGCUCAGCCAUUACCGCGUCUCUGACUGACUGACUGACUGAGAGACAUGUCCGUGGAGGUGGAAGAGGAACGAAAGUCAUAUGCAAAAGGGAGAUGUGCGAGACAGUUUUGGCGUUGGUUUCCUCACGUUUUCCUCAUUUUAUCUCUCAUUUUAUAUGCAGUUUUAGGAGCGCUGGUCUUUCAACAGAUUGAGAACAGGACUUGCAAUGACUCGGAACAGUUCGGUACACUGGUGGGAAAAGUGUUGGAGACAGUGCAGAAUCACUCAGAUUCCUCGACAUGGGAAGAUUCGAUAAGACGUAUUUUGAAAGAUUUCAAUGAUAACAAGAGGCAGACAUGGGACUUCUAUAGUUCUCUUUUCUUCUGCUGUACAGUGUUUACUACUUUAGGUUAUGGACAAAUGUAUCCAGUGACCCAUGAAGGGAAGGUGGCUUGUGUCCUGUACGCGAUGGUGGGCAUCCCUCUCAUGCUGCUGGUCAUCUCAGAUGCGGGCGAUAUCUUAGCAAUUCUCCUCUCUGAAGCGUACACUCGCCUCAGCCUGUUCUUAAGACAAUGUAUGGUACAUUGCUCAAGGAGCCUUCAAAGGCAUGAAAAGUCACCACCUCCCCAACAGGUGCAAGGUGAUGAUACUGACAGCACCUAUACGUUCAACCAUGUUGUGGUGCAUGAGACAAUGAACAUUCAGAAGGUGAUAAGAACCCAGUCUUCCUUCAGACGCACAUCCUUAAAGGUUCGUAACAACAGAGAGACCUUUGACCGCAUUAUCGUUAAGGAGAGCUUCAGGGUCAAGGACUCUAUGACAAAAUCCUUCUCAUGCUCAGACCUUGACCAUAUGGAUUCCCCAAUAAACAGCUCCAAGUUAUUCACCGACAUCGGAGAGAAGAUGAAUCACUUUAACGUCCCUCUGCUGGUCAUCUUGCUGGUGGUGUUCGCAUACAUGGUGGUCUGCAGUCAAAUUUUGAGAUUCUGGGAGACACAGAUGAACGACUUUGAUGCCUUUUACUUUAUCUUUAUCACCUUGACCACCAUUGGAUUUGGUGAUAUUGUGCCUAAACACCCAAAGUACUUCAUGGUUACUUUUUUGUUUAUUAUCAUGGGCAUGGCCAUCAUGAGCAUGGCCUUCAAACUCGGCCAAUCACGAAUUAUUAGCUGUUACAGGCGGUGCUUAAAGUUUCUUAGUAUGGGCAAGAUAGGAAUACACAAAGACCUAGACAGUAACUGAAGGUAGUGGGGUUUUGUGGAUUUGCUAAUGGCAUAUGAAAUUACUACAGGAAAGCAAAACCACUCUCAGCACAAGAUGGUAAUGUCUUUCACUGCCAGUUUGAUAUAGUGGGUUGAAGGGUAAUGGACUACAGUGCUGCAGUAUAAAACUGUGAUGAACAAGUAGACUCAGAAUGAUGAAUGCACUCCUGUUUACUAUUUGAGCCCCCAAAAAAGUAUCACUUCAAUGUUUAUAUUUGGAAAAUUGCAUGAGACAUUGUUCAUUUUUUGUAACUUAUCAGAAAUGCACUUGUAAGUCAAUAGUAAAUCCAUUUAUUCCUGACAUUUAUAAUUAUAACCAUAUAAUUCAUAAUAUAUCUGACAAAAAUAUGAUGAUAUAGUCCAGUGUUUGUUCGUUUAUUUAAUGGCAAAUAAUAAAGAAUGGAAUAUGUUCUCUAAUUAAUUUAUUUACUAAUACAAAAUCUAGUAAAUGAAUGAUUUAAUAUAUGUAAUACAUUGCCUGUGAAAUGUAAUCUUAUCCACUGAUCAGUCACAUUGAAACCAAGUGAAUAAAUUAAUCUUUCA